UCGAGAACUGUCUCGAAAAAGUCAGGCGCAGAACAAACGUUCGAGAACGUUAAGUCCCGUUCGAGAAUUAUCGCUCCCGUUCGGGACCCUCCUUCGGCCCAGUAUAUAAACAAACAGCCUUGGCGCGCUAUUCAGUCAAUUCAAAAACCGGUGAGAAGUAAACACAAACCAGACGCUAAGCGCGGAUCGCGUAAAAACAUUGUUUAUAUUCGUGUACGUUGAACAGUUGUUGUUAAAAGUGCAAAAUGGUGAACGCUCCUGCUAUUGGUAUCGAUUUGGGCACGACCUACUCGUGCGUAGGCGUGUGGCAGCAAGGAAAAGUGGAAAUCAUCGCAAACGACCAAGGAAAUCGUACAACUCCGAGUUACGUGGCUUUUACCGAUACCGAACGUCUUAUCGGAGAUGCAGCCAAGAACCAAGUUGCUAUGAACCCGUCCAACACCAUCUUCGACGCCAAGAGACUGAUUGGACGCAAAUUCGACGACCCCAAGAUCCAGGAAGACAUCAAGCACUGGCCCUUCAAGGUAAUCAACGAACGCGGCAAGCCUAAACUCCAAGUCGAGUACAAAGGCGAGACCAAACUGUUCGCACCCGAAGAGAUCAGUUCUAUGGUGCUGAUUAAGAUGAAGGAAAUCGCUGAGGCCUACUUGGGAGUGAACAUCAAAGAAGCCGUGAUUACUGUGCCAGCUUAUUUCAACGAUUCCCAAAGACAAGCUACCAAAGAUGCUGGUGUUAUCGCCGGAUUGAACGUGUUAAGGAUCAUCAAUGAACCCACAGCCGCUGCUCUGGCUUAUGGGUUGGACAAGAACCUCAAAGGAGAGAAGAACGUGCUGAUUUUCGAUUUGGGAGGAGGUACUUUCGAUGUUUCCAUCCUAACCAUCGAUGAAGGUUCUCUGUUUGAAGUGAAAUCCACCGCUGGAGACACACAUUUGGGUGGGGAAGACUUCGACAACAGACUAGUGAACCAUUUCGCUGAAGAGUUCAAGCGCAAGUUCAAAAAAGACCUCAAGACCAACCCCAGGGCUAUAAGAAGAUUGAGAACUGCAGCGGAAAGAGCUAAACGUACUUUAUCCUCCAGUACCGAAGCUACCAUUGAGAUCGACGCUCUAUACGAAGGCAUCGACUUCUACACGAAGAUUUCCCGAGCAAGAUUCGAAGAGCUCAACUCUGAUUUGUUCAGGGGAACCUUACAGCCAGUAGAGAAAGCCUUGGCGGAUGCCAAAAUGGAUAAAGGCUCUAUCCACGACAUAGUUUUGGUGGGAGGCUCUACAAGAAUACCGAAAAUUCAACAGCUCCUUCAAAACUUCUUCAAUGGGAAGCAACUGAACCUUUCUAUCAACCCUGACGAAGCUGUGGCUUAUGGUGCGGCUGUGCAAGCUGCCGUCUUGACUGGAGCUCAGGAUUCCAAGAUCCAGGACCUGCUUUUGGUUGACGUUACCCCUCUUUCUUUGGGCAUAGAGACUGCUGGAGGGGUUAUGACCAAGAUCAUAGAAAGGAACGCUAGAAUCCCCUGCAAACAGACCCAGAGCUUUACUACUUACGCCGAUAAUCAGCCAGCUGUUACUAUCCAGGUUUUCGAAGGAGAAAGAGCCAUGACCAAAGACAACAACCUUCUGGGUACCUUUGACUUAACCGGUAUACCCCCGGCACCUAGGGGAGUGCCUAAGAUCGAGGUCACGUUCGAUCUCGAUGCUAAUGGAAUCCUGAACGUUUCCGCCAAGGAUACCAGUUCUGGAAACGUGCGAAACAUCACUAUCAAGAACGAUAAGGGAAGGUUAUCGCAAGCGGACAUAGAUCGCAUGCUUUCAGAAGCCGAGAAGUACAAAGAAGAGGACGAGAAGCAACGUCAGAAGGUAGCUGCGCGUAACCAGCUGGAGGCGUACAUUUUCCAGGUGAAACAAGCUGCGCAGGACUGCGGAGACAAGUUGAGCGCAGAAGAUAAGGCUACCAUCGAGCGUGAAUGCAAAGACGCUCUACAAUGGUUGGAUAGUAACUCGUUAGCGGAGAAGGAAGAGUUUGAAGACAAACAGAGGCAGCUUACUUUAAGUUGUAGUCCUAUUAUGUCAAAGUUGCACGGGGGUGCAGGGGCUGGAGGUCCUAAUCCUGGAGCGGGUUACGGUAAUGGAUUUCCUGGGGCUCAAGGAGGGCCUACAGUUGAGGAAGUUGACUAAAUAUAGUUUCAUAAGUUCGUUCAAAAAUAAUUAUACUUAUAAUAUAUUCGUGUAUUUUUCUAGUUUGUUAGUUUUCAUUGUGCCAGUUUUAGAUGAUUUUGUAUUUUAUUUUUAAUGUAUUCAUUAUUCUGAAAUUUACCUACCUUUAAUGUAUUACUCGCUUUAGGCUAGAAAAGUAUUUGUUGUAUGAAAAAGUGUUUGAAUAAAAAGAAUA